GUCACAGCACAGUUUGAAAGUGCCUGUGAACUCUUACUCGGAAUUCCAACAACCACAUCAGCAUGGCGGAAAACAUGGUGUAUGACAAUGGGCAGCAAUGCAGCAACCCAGACUCACAUGUCCAGGCGGCCCACAUUCAUCGAUCUCGUUUUGCAACCGAUCAGCUCAAUCAGGACCAUCCAAGUGCGAGACUUCAGCGCGAUGGUCUCGGAACGGAUCAACCCCCCCAGAGCACCCUUGCUCCUUCAUCUUUGAUGACGAAGGGCAGGCAGCAAAGUGGUGAUCCGCGACAAACGAAAGAACGGACACGAACACCUUCGAGUCUGCGGCCGUUAGAGACAUCUAUCGACAUCAAGCGAGACCGAAGUUUGCCUGUCGACGCAGGACUUGCAGUGAUCAAGACUCCCAAAAUCGAACCAGCAUCAGGACAUCCGAGCAUGAGUCCUUUGUUGGGCAUCCCUUCCUUGGUCCCCUCGGCAACUUGUUUGCACGGCACCACUAAGGAACGCUACAAGCGGCGUCGGGAAGACUCUGAACACCUUCCAGAUGCCCGACGACGCAAAGCACGGCGAAUUGCUUUCAAGUUCCCAGUCAUGGUGCCCUGGGAUCAUAGCUAUACUCUCAAGGAGCUCCGCUGUCAAUUGGACGAUACGACUGGCCAUAUAAAGGUCAUGGUCACCUGGGAGGAGUCUGUGGUCCCCCUAUCGGCCUUUUUCAUCAGUAAGACGUGGCAGGAGCUCGAGAACCAUGUGCCAAGAGACUGUCUCGAGCUGCUUCUGCGGACUGCCGUUACCGGGACGUGGGUCGAUGUGAACGAUAUGGGAGAAUUCAUGGCCUCACACUUGCAGGUGGGAAUGAUUAAAUGAUGAGCCGGUGAUGAUGGUGUCUUGGGCUGAUAGCGAGGAACCUUUAUCAUUUCUCGAUAAAAAGGCGCGAAGGAACGCGAAAAAGCAGAUCACCAGAGAUUACGGGAGUCAAGUAUGGUUGUCGG